CGGCUGGAGAUGCCCUGAGACACUCCACUCCCCCACCAUCUCUCUUCCCCCGCCGCCACCUCCCUUCCUCCACCGCCGCCGCCGCCCACAUUUCAACAAACCCCGCCUUCUCCUUGCAAAUACAGCAGCAACUGGCCGGACGCCUCGACCCGCCUUCGCUUGGCUCCUCUUCCGAAUCUGCGCCGCCGCAUUUGCUGCUCGUCUUCCCCGUGCGUGCGGGGGGAAGGUGGCCGGACUCGAGGAGCACGGUGGUCGCCGGGCUCGACGGCCAACACUUUCUCAAACCUUACCAGCGAUAGCUAAUUGUGACAGAGUGCUGCGAAUGGCUUCCAAGCUUCAGCUCCUGUCCUUCAUUGCCACCAGAGUUGUUAUUGCUUCACUCUUCCACCCUUGUGCAUCCAUUCAGAUCCACCAUGAGCUCUCCGGCUGGUCCGAUGGCAUCGCUACUUGGUAUGGUGACGCCAAUGGCGCGGGAAGUGAAGGUGGCGCUUGCGGGUACCAGUAUGCUGUCGACCAGUCGCCGUUCUCAUCCAUGAUUGCCGCUGGCGGCCCUGUCAUAUACGACUCUGGCGAUGGCUGUGGCGCGUGCUACCGGGUGGUCUGCGGUGGCAAUCAAGCUUGCUCUGGUAUUCCGGUGACCGUCGUCAUCACAGACCAGGGCCCUGGUGGCGGCCCAUGCCUGAGCGGGUUAGUCGAUGGACAGUGCCAGAAUGAGGCAGCGCACUUCGACAUGAGCGGGACAGCAUUCGGCGCCAUGGCGAAACCUGGCCAAGCUGACCAGCUCCGCGGCGCUGGCCUCAUCCAAAUCCAGUACACCCGCGUGACCUGUGACUGGACUGGAGUAGGCCUGACCUUCAAAGUGGACAGCGGCUCGAACCCGAACUACCUCGCCAUCCUGGUCGAGUACGAGGACGGCGACAGCGACCUCUACGCCGUCGACAUCAUGCAGAGCGGUGCCGGGGCAACCGGAGUGUGGAUCCCGAUGCAGCAGUCCUGGGGCGCGGUGUGGAAGCUUUCCGGCUCCACCCUCCAGGGGCCCUUCUCCAUCCGGCUGACUUUCAGGUCCGGCAAGAUGCUCGUCGCCGGCAACGCCAUACCCACCGGGUGGAACCCCGGCGUGGCAUACCAGCCGGGCGGCGUGGCGGUGAGGGAAAGGGCGAGCGACGGUCGCCGGCGCUAUGGGUUUGAAGGGAGGUUGGGCUGGCUGUGUCACCUCCUGCUGUUGCUGAUGGUAUUGUUCCAGCUGUGA